CUUCAGAACCCUCGGGGGUCGUUUUGCAACCCAUUUUGCACCGAGCGACCGCAAAAAAGUAUGGCGAAGUGGUGGCGCGGCCUGAGAACGGUGGUUCACGGCUCCAGGUUUCCUCAACCGGCAUCCCAUUCUCAAACUUCAAGUUACCACACCAUCCAAGCAAUACCACGAGAGUGCACAGGGAACCGGGUCUCUGCCCGGGACCGGGCCCAGGGAAGGAUCCCCGCCGUCGUUUUUGCUCAAAGCCUCCUCGAGAAAAACCCUAGCUCCCGCUCCCUCUCCAGGAAGCAGCUAUUGACGACAGAGAGAAAGCAGAUUCAGAGUAUUCUCAAGUCUGUCGAGCUCCCUUUCUUCUGCUCCACCACAUUCCCGCUCCAGAUUCGCGCCGGGUCCGGGUCGUCAGUUCUCCUUGAAUCCGGAAAUGUCCUCCCUGUCAAGAUUCAUAGGGAUGCAGAGACAGGGAAGAUACUGAAUUUGGUGUUUGUUUGGGCCGAUGAGGGAACAGAGUUGAAGGUUGAUGUCCCUGUUGUAUUCAAAGGAGAAGAGGAUUCUCCUGGUCUACAGAAAGGGGGUGAUCUGAACAGGAUAAGAAGUAGCCUAAGUUUCCUUUGCCCGGCUGAGUACAUUCCUCCAAAAAUUGAAGUGGAUGUCAGUAAGUUAGACAUUGGAGACAGAAUAUUCAUGCGUGAUAUUGAGGUUCAUCCAUCUAUGAAGCUUCUGAGCAAGAAUGAGAACAUGCCUGUUUGUAAGAUUGUGCCAACAACUUUAAAAACUCCCGACCCUGAAGGUGAAUAGGAACUAAAGCAUGAUGUUGGCAAUACUCCAGCAAAUUUGGUAUGUGCGACCCAAACUUUUAGCGAACUUAUUAAGGGACUACCAUAGGUUUUGGAAGCACAAGCAGACAGAGUGAACUGAUGUUUUUAGACAGUCAAACAUAUGGCGUGCCUCUUUGUACCAUGCUGCUGCAUUAUUGAGUAUAUCCCUCCGUCUGUGCUAAAUUGGUGCCUGCAUUAUGGUUUUUUUUUUCAUAGUUCACAUUUUGGUGGAUGUGAUAAAACUCAGUAUUCUGUUUGGCUAGAAAUCCCUGAACACUUCAGGGUUGCUAUUGAUUUCAAUUUUCAUAAGCAGUGGAGAGGAUUAUGCUUAUGAUUUCUGUGUUAGCAUUUGUAUGCUAAGAUUCUUUUCCACAA